AUGGAUAGUCCAAGAAAUAUCACAGAGUUUCUCAUGCUGGGACUGUCACAAAAUCCCGAGGUACAAAGAGUUUUAUUUGUGCUCUUUCUUUGUGUCUACCUCAUCUCUGUUGGGGGCAACCUAUUUAUCAUGAUCACUAUUAUCUUCAGCCCCAGACUGGGCUCCCCUAUGUACUUUUUCCUCUCAUAUUUGUCCUUCAUUGAUACUUGCUAUUCAUCAUGUAUGACCCCCAAACUCAUUGCUGACUCACUGUAUGAGGGGAGAGCCAUGUCUUUUGAGGGCUGCCUGGCCCAGUUCUUUGUUGCUCAUUUACUGGGAGGAACUGAGAUCAUUCUGCUCACGGCGAUGGCCUAUGACCACUACGUGGCUAUCUGCAGGCCCCUGCACUACACGACCAUCAUGACCAGGACCCUCUGUGCCAUGCUGGUGGCACUGGCUUGGCUGGGGGGCUUCUUGCACUCGUUGGUUCAGCUCCUCCUGGCCCUUUGCUUGUCCUUCUGUGGGCCCAAUGUGAUCGACCACUUUGUCUGUGACUUGUACCCUCUGCUGGAGCUGGCCUGCACUGACACCCACGUCACGGGCCUGUUGGUGGUGGCCAACAGCGGUGUGAUCUGCCUGCUGAACUUCCUGCUGCUGGCUGCCUCCUACGUUGUCAUCCUGAAGUCCUUGAGGUCCCGCAGUACAGAGGGGAGAUGCAAAGCCCUCUCCACCUGCGGGGCCCACUUCACAGUGGUGGCCUUGUUCUUUGUGCCCUGUAUAUUUAUUUACAUGCGUCCAUCAUCUACUUUAGCCAUAGACAAAAUAGUGGCGGUGUUUUAUUGUAUUUUGACACCCAUGUUCAAUCCCCUUAUUUAUACCCUGAGAAAUUCAGAGGUGAAAAAUGCCAUGAAGAAUCUCUGGGAAAAAAUGAGCAGUUGUGGAUGGAGGACACAAGGUACAAUGGGGGAGAAGGGGUAA